AUGGGUAUCGCAACAGGAAUCACCCACUUCUUCCAGUCGAUCCUGGAGCUCAUCCAGGGCUUCUUCAUGGCCAUCGUGCACGUGUUCCAGUUUGCGCUGCAGACCGUCAUUGACGCCGGCAAGGGUGUUGUCAAUUUUGUCGAGGGCACGCUAGGCUUUGCUUUCCACAACUUCUUCAUUUUGGGAACGAUCGCCGCCGCAGUGUUCGGCUACAUGCUCUAUCAACAGAGAUCAGGCACGACACCCGCUAGCAAGACUUUGAAGAGCAGCUGA